GAUUUCUUGCCUUCAUCGCGACUGCGACGCACAAACCGAACGACAACGGCUUCCCCUCGUUGUUUUCCUUCCUCCCUCCCUCCUCGGCCCCCCAACAUCCGUGGAUCCAGAUCCAGCUGCGCGUCACGUUCCAAUUCCAAGGAGAUCUCGAGAACUCCUCUUCGAUCUCGUUCGCACCUUCUCGCGAUCGAUCAAGAUCCAAGAAUUCGAUCUCAUUGGGGCCGUUUCCUUCUUGGCCCCGCUUUCUUGGAUCGGUUUACGCCAGAGUCCGGGGAGAUUUGACGGGCAGAUGCUGAUUUGAGGUCAAGAAUUGAUCAAGAACCGAUGGCCGAGGGCGAUCACGGAGCGAAGAAGGAUGUCGAAGCGGCGGGAACGAAGGUUGACGAGGAUCGGACCGAGAACGAAGGGCAGGUGCUCCACAAGGACCUAUAUAUCUCCAACCGGUGCCGCGGCGACGGCAUCGAGCGGUCGAGCUGCUUGGUCGAUGGAUCUUGCGACGGCGGUAUGCCGGAAGAGGCCGAGAAUGUCGAGUCGCCAUUGAUCCAUGGGGAGGGAUUGAACAAUAGUGUAGCCGUCGAGCCUAAGACCCAGAUAUCGCCCUACUUUCGCCAGAGGACCGCGGUUGUUGGUGCCGAGGGGAACCCGAACGGUAACAAGUACGUUCCCAUCGACGUGGUGAAUGGUCUGCAUCCGAGCCAGUCGAUUUUGAAGCUCGAAGAAUUAGAAAGGGCUGCAGAGAGCACCAUCUCCACGGUCGUUGUGCUCAAGACAUUGUUUUAUAUUUUGGUCUGGUACACAUUCAGCACUUGUUUGACAUUGUACAAUAAGACACUUUUAGGGGAUAAGUUAGGGAAGUUUCCGGCACCAUUAUUGAUGAACACAUUUCAUUUUGCAUUGCAAGCUAUUUUAUCAAAAAUAGUGGUGUGCAUACAGUCUCGGAAAGGUGAUGUUGGCAUUAAAAUGACAUGGAAGGAUUACUUCAUUAAAGUUGUGCCAACAGCUCUUGGAACUGCACUUGACAUAAACUUGAGCAACGCUUCUCUUGUUUUCAUAUCCGUGACAUUUGCUACAAUGUGUAAAUCAGCCUCUCCGGUAUUUCUUCUGCUUUUUGCAUUUGCAUUUAGGUUGGAAACUCCGAGUGUUAAGCUUCUGGGCAUCAUAUUAAUCAUUUCCAUUGGAGUUCUGUUAACAGUUGCCAAGGAGACAGAGUUUGAAUUUUGGGGAUUUGUCUUUGUCAUGUUUGCUGCUGUUAUGAGUGGUUUUCGCUGGUCCAUGACUCAGAUUCUUUUGCAGAAAGAAGCUUAUGGUUUAAAGAAUCCAAUUACUCUGAUGAGUUAUGUUACUCCUACCAUGGUUGUAGCAACUUUGGUUCUCUCUCUUAUAAUGGAUCCUUGGCAUGAUUUUGACACAAAUACAUACUUCGAUAGUCCAUGGCAUGUUGCCCGCAGCUGUCUCUUAAUGCUAAUUGGUGGAGCAUUGGCCUUUUUUAUGGUGUUAACUGAAUAUAUUCUUGUUUCAGCAACCAGUGCUGUAACUGUCUCUAUAGCUGGCGUUGUGAAGGAAGCAGUUACUAUUGUGGUUGCCGUGUUUUACUUCCAUGACCAGUUCACCUUGUUGAAAGGAAUUGGACUUCUUAUAAUCAUUACUGGUGUCAGUUUAUUCAACUGGUACAAAUAUGAAAAACUGAAGACGGGUCAGCCAAGCGGAAAUGAAGAAGCCAUUUCUUCAAGUCCCAGUGGAGCAGUAAAAUAUGUCAUCCUUGAUGACAUGGAACUUCUAGAUAUUGAAAAUUGAUUCAUGCCAGACACCAGAGAUAUCCAAUUUUGAAUUGAGUUAUCCACGCCUUUCCAGAUUCUUCAGGAUCUUCUGGCCUGCAAGUUUGUUGGUUAGUUCAUCAAAUUGUUUUUUAUCAAGGAAGUUCUCUUAGACAGCAUAUGGAACUCCGCCUUGCUGAUUGAUUCCGAUCGCUGCAUUUUUUUUUUCCCUAGCAUAUGGUCGUGCUAUUUGGUUGCUUGGUCUGAACUUCCAUUCAUCUCCUUCAGAGCAAGAAGCUUUAAGUUGAUAUAUUGUCUUAUAACUAUCUACUUCUCAAGCAACAGAGUCGAAGAAACAACCAUGGCCAAGCAAAAGUUGGCCGGUUGAUGUAUCACAAAAUGUGUAAAAAAAAGACUGCCUUUUGACGGUGAAAUUUUUUUCCCCAAUAUGAUUCAUUUAAUUGUACUACAAUUAAAGCCCUAUUGGCUUGUAUUAAUAGAAGUGGUUGAUUGAUCUAAAAUGUAAUAAAAACUUUUUUUCAAGUUCUCUAGGGUUGAAUACCAUAUUUUAUAAAAAAUGUUGAUGAAGAUAUGUUAUUCUUGUGGACAUAUAUUUUUUUUGUAAAAUUACAUAUAUUAUAUAUCGGCUUCAAAGUUAAUGAUUUUGGAUUUAAGUUUGUUGUCUAUAUACCUUAUUAAUUUGAUACCUCCGAACCUAAUCAUGCACCUUUACCUGAUGGCAGUUGAUAUUAGCAUGGCUUUUCUUUUUUUUAAUAUGAAGAUUUACUUAAAUCGAGCAGUAGCCACGUUUCAGUCGAUCACUGGAUCACUGAAGCCUCCUCUUUGGUGCUCUACGCAUGACACGUGAUCGCGGCACCGAGUUUGUCCGUGGUUGCUACUCGAUGGUCGACAGCCGAUCGCAGCCGCCAACAUUGUCGCCGUCAACAACGACGUCGCACCGUAAACUAUCGAGUGUUUAACGCACGUGCUGAUCCACUAUAAUUAUGAUGUCUAAAUGGUUGGGUCGUAAUAUCGCCUCUAAUCCUGCUGAUGGAUGUACCCGUACGGCGGACAGGAGGAUCAAAUCCUCCUCCACUUUCCUCCCUUCUGUCGCCGGCACCGGAGGUGGACGGCUCCCACGUCCUCCACCUCUUUGAUCUUUACUGGUUCCACCACCAAAUCCUCAGCUCAUCACCACCUCCUCCUCCACGGCCGCCACCGGACCCCCUCCACACCUCGCCGAUUCAGCCCACUACCCGCACGCCGCUCUUUCACCGCCGCCACCGCCGCUCCCUCAGCGACGAGUCCGUCCACGCCCCCGCCCCCGUCCCCUCCGCCUCCCUCACCAUCCGCCCUCCGAAGCUAUGCACCAUCCUCUCCGGGAAGGAGGCGCCAUCGGAGGACCCCUUCGCCGGGGCCGAACCCGUGGCCCCCGCCGGCGGCGGCAGUGAGACAAAGGGCUAUGGGAGGUGGGGGCAGAGAGGAGGGAGGCGGAGGAGGAAGAAGAAGGAAAAGAGCAAGAGUUUGACGGAUUUGGAAUUCGAGGAGCUGAAGGGCUUAGUGGACUUGGGUUUUACGUUCUCCGACGCGGAGACCGAUCCCCGGCUGCUGGAAAUCGUGCCGGCGCUGCAGAGGCUGGGGCUGGGGAGGAACAGGGCCUCGGAAGAGGAGGCGCCGCCUGCCGCACCAGUCGACGCCACCGUCUCCCGGCCGUACCUCUCGGAGGCAUGGGAGGUGGCGGAGGCGAAGCCGGAGGAGAGGCUGUUGAUGAGUUUGAUUCCGGCGGGCGUCGCCGGGGCAGACCUGAAGGGCCAGCUCAGGAGCUGGGCGCACGCGGUCGCUUCCACCGUCCGAUGAAGUCUCGCUAUCCAUCACAAAUUCCCAAUCUAUCCCUCUGUCCAACGCCGCCUUCUUUCUUCUUUCUGUGGUCUUUGAGAUAAUGUCGUGAUUAGGAAGCAAUUGUACAUAGCAUUUUGGAUCUUAGAUAAUGUAUGUUUUUGUUCUAUAUUGCACAA